UAGAAACUUCCACUAAAAGUACUAUAUAUAUAUAUCACACUUUCCAUUCUUACACUUUCUAAAUUCUCUCUCAGACUGUCUGAAAUCUCACCAAAAAAAAAAAUCAAACAGGUUGAUUUUUAGUGAAAAGUUGCUAAAUGGCUUCUCAAGAGAAGUAUACAAGAAUCAUUAGAAGAUCAUCAGGUUUUUCUGGUAUUUCUGAGUCUGGGGUUUGUCAAAAAUUGAAUCUUGAUACUAAUUUAGCUCAAAAUGUGAACCCCAUUAAUCCCGGGUCGGGUUUGUAUUCGGGUUUAGGUUCGGGCUCGGGUGGCGGGGUUGAUGAGAGUGUGUUGAAGAAUAGUUGUACUGAAGAACAAUUGAAAGAUAUCUUGUUGCAAAAUUUAGAGAUUUUGUAUGCUGAGGCUAUUAAUAAGCUUGUCGCUUUAGGUUAUGAUGAUGAAGUUGCGAUGCGAGCUAUAUUGAAAAAUGGACAUUGUUAUGGUGGAAUGGAUGUGCUAACUAAUAUCUUGCAUAACUCGUUAGUGUAUUUGAAUAGUGGCAAGUGUUCGAAUUUGGGUGAUGAUUAUUCGGACCAAUGUUUUGAUGAUUUGAGACAACUGGUGGAUUACUCGUUAGCGGGUAUAAUUUGUAUGUUGCAACGAGUGAAACCACAUAUGAGUAAAGUUGACGCGAUGUGGUGCUUGUUGGUGAGUGAUUUACACGUAGGUAGGGCGAGUGAGAUGGAAAUACCUGUUAUGCAUCCGAAAGAUGGUAGUGCUGGUGGUCGUGGUUUUAAUGAGUCUAUGAAUAGUAGUAGUAGUAGUGGUGCUGGUGAGGAGGGUGUUGCUGCUACUGGUCCUGUUGGGUUUGUACCCGCAAUGUGUAGGUUUCAAUGCGGUUGGGGGUUUGGGAGUAGUACUGCUAAUGCAUUUCCGUUGAAUAGGCCGUUUGCUUUUACCUCUGAUGCUAGUUCACAGAAAGAUAUUGAGUGUCCGAAGCGAUUUAAUCUUACUCCGUCGAUGAAGACUUUGCUAAAGAGGAAUGUAGCUGCGUUUACUGCCGGAUUUAGGGCAAACCCUAAAUAUAUGCAGAACCAGUCUCAGUUCCAGGCUGAUGGGGAUCAAUCAAGUGGACUUGUACAGUCGGGUGAAUCGCAAACUUUGAAAAGCCAAGAUGUGGUUAAACUUGCACCGCCAAGUGAAUCUCAAAUUUCGAGAAGGGAAGAUUUGGUUGUUAACUCUGUGGUAGGAAAAUUUCAAGAUUUGAAUCUUGAGGAGAAUGCACAGCAGGGCGACAGGCAGUUGGACCAAAAAGAAGAAAUGAUAAUAAGUUUGCUCGCUCAGAUAAAGGAUCUUGAGAGACAAGUCAAGGAACGGAAAGAUUGGGCGCAUCAAAAAGCGAUGCAGGCUGCUAGGAAGCUCAGUCAUGACUUGACAGAGCUUAAGACGUUGAGGAUGGAGAAGGAGGAGAUCGAGAGAAUGAAGAAAGGUAAACCGGUAAUAGAGGAUAAUACCAUGAAGAGGCUAUCGGAUAUGGAGAGUGCUCUAAGAAAAGCAAGCUCGCAAGUUGACCGUGCUAACUUGGCUGUUAAAAAACUUGAGACAGAGAAUGCAGAAAUGAGGGCGGAGAUGGAGGCCUCCAAGCUAAGCGCUUCGGAAUCUGCUAAAGCAUGCAUGGAGGCUGGCAAAAGGGAGAAAAAAUGCAUUAAGAAGCUUGGUGUUUGGGAGAAACAGAAAAAGAAGCUUCAGGAGGAUGUUGCAGCGGAGAAGCAAAAGAUUUCGGAUUUGCAAAUGCAGUUGGUUCAGUUGGAGGCAGCUCAAAAGGAUGCUGAGGCGAAUUGGAGGCAGGAACAGAAGGCUAAGGAGCAAGCUGUGGCACUUGUGGAGGAAGAACGACGUCUCAAAGAAGCAGCUGAGGCUAAUAAGAAAAGAGACCUUGAGGCAUUGCGCUUGAAGAUAGAAAUAGACUUCCAGCGGCACAAGGAUGACUUCCAACGACUUGAAGAGGAUCUUUCUCGGCUUAGAGCAUCUACCGAGCUGCAGAAUCAGUCUGCUAAUUUGGUAACAGGUUCUAAUGUGGAACAGCCCCAGGGAGAUAUUGCCGGGAUGUUACGUGAGUUUGGUAGAGUCGAGGAUCCUUCUGAGAAGGAUAACUCUGAUAGGGAGUGUAUUAUAUGCUUAAAGGAGGAAGUUUCAGUUGUUUUCCUACCUUGUGCUCAUGAAGUUCUGUGUGCAACCUGCAACGACAAAUUCGGGAAGAAGGGAAGAGCUAAAUGUCCACGCUGCCGGGUUCCAAUUGAUCAGAGGAUCCGUGUCUUUGGCGCAACGUCAUAGGCCUCAUCCCAGCAUUGAUCAUGGCAUGCUCGUAAAUCGCCUUUGAGACGAGAAAACAGCGUUUUACUUACCGUUUUGUCGUAAAACAUAUGCUUGACUGUGCCAGCAUCAUAGAUACAUAAAAUGUAAGCAGUAUGGCCAAGUGGCUUAAUUUGUUGUACUGGUACUUGUUAGAGUUUCUGCAAAUGCUUCUCUGGGUAAGCAGUGGAAUAUAGCAGUUCUUCUGUUGUUUAA